AAAAAUGGUCGAAGAGCAGUUUAUGAUUGCAAAAGAUGUCACUCAAUUAAUUGGUAAGACACCUCUGGUGUACCUCAACCAUGUCAAUGACAGUUGUGUUGCCCAAAUUGCUGCCAAGCUAGAAUCGAUGGAGCCAUGCUCCAGUGUCAAAGACAGGAUUGGGUACAGCAUGAUUGUAGAUGCGGAGGAGAAGGGCCUUAUUCGGCCAGGGAAGAGUGUUUUGAUCGAGGCAACUAGCGGAAAUACUGGGAUCGGUCUGGCAUUUAUGGCAGCUGCAAAGGGUUACAAACUUAUAAUAACAAUGCCUGCUUCAAUGAGCCUUGAAAGAAGAACAAUCCUCCAUGCAUUUGGAGCUGAGCUGGUCCUGACUGAUCCAGCCAAAGGCAUGAAAGGUGCCGUUCAGAAGGCCAAAGAAAUAUCAGCAGAGACUCCAAAUGCUUACAUUCUUCAGCAAUUUGAAAACCCUGCCAAUCCCAAGAUUCAUUAUGAGACCACUGGGCCAGAAAUAUGGAAAAGCUCAGGUGGGAAAAUAGACGCUCUUGUUUCUGGAAUUGGAACUGGGGGUACAGUAACUGGAGCAGGGAAGUAUCUUAAGGAACAAAAUCCCAAUAUUGAGAUCUACGGGGUAGAACCAUCGGAGAGUCCAGUUUUGUCUGGAGGGAAACCUGGCCCUCAUAAGAUUCAAGGUAUUGGUGCUGGUUUCAUCCCCGGAGUUCUGGACGUGGAUUUACUAGAUGAAGUAAUUCAGAUAUCAAGCGACGAAGCUAAGGAAACUGCAAAGCAGCUCGCAUUGAAGGAAGGCUUGCUGGUAGGAAUAUCAUCCGGAGCAGCAGCUGCUGCAGCAAUUAAGAUAGCGAGAAGGCCAGAGAAUGCUGGGAAGCUCAUCAUUGUGGUCUUCCCCAGCUUUGGAGAACGUGACUUGUCUGUGCUAUUCGAGCCCGAGAUUAGGCAUGAUGAGUUCUGAGCAGGGGUAGUUCCGGUCAAUGGAAACAGAUGGUUUGGUCCCGUUGUUCUGAAACAUGGGACAGAGUUUAGUCGCUGGUUGCUGUUGUUUGUUGCCAAUAUAUUUCAUGUUGACGUGUUUCCCUAAAUAAGUCUAUGUGUUUUACUACAGAUCUUUACUUUGUGACAGGAAUAUUAUGUUAUCUAAUUUCAAGUUUAGAACAUAGGAGGGGAAAAAGAGUUUCUCAUAUGCUUUUCCAUUAUCGUCCUUUUCCAUUAUAUAAAAUACACAUUCCUGAAUUUUUUUUGUAUUCAAGAGUGAACUUGCAGUG